UUGGAUGAUAGAAAGUUGACGGCAAAUGCGGCUCUUGAUCCUGAAGGGCUUGUUGCGAUUGCAAUUUGCCAUGGUUUUGCUCUCUUCGUUGCAGUCUCAGUCGGUGCCAACAUCUCCGGCGGCCAUGUCAACCCCGCUGUCACCUUCGGAUUGGCUCUCGGAGGCCAAAUCACUAUCCUUUCUGGCAUCUUCUACUGGAUUGCCCAGCUUCUUGGCUCCAUUGUUGCCUGCUACCUCCUCAAAGUUGUCACAGGAGGCUUGGCGAUUCCCAUCCACAGUGUUGUAGCUGGAGUUGGAGCCAUUGAAGGAGUGGUAAUGGAGGUCAUCAUCACAUUUGCUCUUGUUUACACAGUUUACGCCACGGCAGCUGACCCCAAGAAGGGUUCAUUGGGCACCAUUGCACCCAUUGCCAUAGGUUUCAUUGUUGGUGCCAACAUCUUGGCCGCCGGCCCAUUCUCCGGUGGAUCCAUGAACCCGGCCCGCUCCUUCGGGCCAGCAGUGGCCAGCGGUGACUUCCACGAUAACUGGAUCUACUGGGUUGGGCCGCUUAUCGGCGGUGGGCUUGCUGGGCUGAUCUAUGGCAAUGUGUUCAUGCACUCUGAACAUGUGCCAUUGUCGAAUGAUUUUUAAGUUGGUUUGGACUUGAUUGAUCCAUUUGGGUUUUUUCUUUUUGUAAUAAAAGAAAGAAUAGCUUUCUUUUGUAAAGCUUUCUUUCUUUUUCUUUGUUUUAUAAUUGUUUUUUUCUUAUUGUAAAGUUCUGUUGAGGUCCACUAUUUGCUUCAAUUAUUAUGAGAGUGAAUGGAAUUGGAGAUAA